CUGAGAGGGACCGUCUCCAGAGUCGGACCAGAGCGCACCCGACCACCUCCGAGGGCGGUGACAUCAAUCUGUGGUCUGAACAUAUGUACAUCAGAGUGUGUGUUUGAUGUCGUGCAGCUGCCUCACCACCACCUCCCCAUCAUCAUCAUCAUCAUCAUCAUCAUCAUCAUCAUCUUCACUUGUUCGAGGGAACCAGCAGCAGAUCCAAACUUCAGCUGACAUUUGAAAUACGGGAAGUCAGACGGGACAAACUGAGCUACUGUCAACGUCCACAGAGCAGAAGUACAGAGCAGGAACAACCAGGUGUUUGAGGAACUGUCAGCUUAGAAGAAGAAGAAGAUGAACCACGCCAACCAAUCAGAUUACAACUACAGCGACGAUUAUGACUACGAUCUGGUUGGACCUUGUUCUCACCAGAACAACCAGAGCGUGGAGCUGGUGGUCGGCCCGUACAUCCACUCCAUCAUCUGCAUCCUGGGCUUUGUUGGGAACUGCCUGGUGAUCGUCACCUACGCCUUCUACAAGAGGACCAAAUCCAUGACCGACGUCUACCUGCUCAACGUGGCCAUCGCAGACCUGCUGUUCGUGGUGUCGCUGCCUCUCAUCGUCUACAAUGAGCUGUCGUCGUGGUCGAUGGGGCCGGUGGCCUGCAAGCUGCUGCGCGGCUCCUACAGCGUGAACCUGUACAGCGGCAUGCUGCUGCUCGCCUGCAUCAGCACCGACCGCUACAUCGCCAUUGUCCAGGCCCGCCGCAGCUUCAGGCUGCGCUCGCUGCCGUACAGCCGCCUCAUCUGCGCCAUCGUUUGGGCCGCCGCCUUACUGCUGUCCUUCCCCACCUUCUACUUCUACAACUGGUACGAGCCGUCCCACAGCAAGGACGCCUUCAUGGACGAGGGCGAGGGCAGCAACCAGACGUCCAGGCCUCCAGCUUACGUCUGCGAGUUCAAGUUCAUGGACAACACCACGGCCCGGAAGACCAAGGUAGCCGUCCCCAGCACCCAGCUGGCCGCGGGCUUCUUCCUGCCGCUGCUCUUCAUGGUCUUCUGCUACACCGCCAUCAUCGUCACUCUGCUGAAAGCCAAAAACUUCCAGCGGCACAAGGCGGUGCGGGUGGUGUUCGCCGUGGUGGCGGUGUUUAUCGUCUGCCACCUGCCCUACAACAUCACUCUGCUCUACGAGACUGCAGUCAUGUUCGAGCUGCAGACGUGCGAAGACUCGGACAUCCUGCAGAUGGUCAAGAUGGUGACGCAGAGCAUCGCCUACCUGCACUGCUGCCUGAACCCGGUGCUAUACGCCUUCGUCGGGGUGAAGUUCAGGAACCACUUCAGGAGGAUCGUCCAGGACCUGUGGUGUCUGGGGAAGAGGUACAUCGCCCCGCGCCGCUUCUCCAGGGUCACCUCCAAGGUCUACGUGUCCACCCGCCGCUCAGUGGACGGAUCCAGUGAAAACGGCUCAUCUUUCACCAUGUGAGGACGCCCGGCAGAUUCAGCCGGGGAUGUCUGGAGCUGAGCCUGAGGCCUGCUGUUCUCUGGAGAUCCAAACCAGACUCAGUUUGUUCUCAUGUGUCAAGCUUCAGGCUUAGUCAGAAGAUCAGGAGAGAAAUCUGACGGCUUUUAUCUUUUGUUUUUAUAUGCGAGUCAUAUUUUUGUGGUGUGUCGUCAGCAGUGUGGACAGAUGAGCAUUUUAAAAAAAAAUUAAAAAAGAAAAAGUUUUCAAACAGCUAAAAUAAAACAGGAGGAACUGAAAUAUUUCAGUUGGAUUGACAGUUUUCUUCAGUCUUCAGAACAGGAAGUAGUUUUACUGUGUUGACCUCCUGUGACUUAGCUGAAGCAGCUUUAAUCUUAAUCUGCUGAUUUUCAGGAUUACAAACUGUUCACAGUCUGAAGAUCAGAUCUGGAUUUAAUUUAGAUUUUAAAUGUCAGACUGAACUCUCUGUGACCUCCUCUGACGACUUUAAACUGUUUCCUGUCUCUUUAAUAUUUGAGUUUUUUAACUUUGAAUGUGUCAAAUGAAA